GAGCCAGGAAGCCGGCCAUGCAGCGAUGUUGAUGGACAGUCUGUAGUCCCUCUGAAGCAGGGGUGCUGGGUCGACUCCCCGUCUAGCCAGCCUGGACUUUGCAUGAACAGCAAGUACUAGAGAAACCAGCGGGGGUGGGGGGGCAGCUACUAGCUUUUCUCACACCUUCCUCCCCUGCUGUGCUGCCUCCAGACUCUCUCCAUGGAUUACCUGGGGGACAAGCUCACAGUGGCCCAAAGCCACAUGAGCCAGUGGGUGGGUACUGUGAGACGGUCCUUCCAGGAAGCCCUCACGCUGGUGAGCUCCACAGUGGGCCACGAGCGGCCGGGCGGGGACGAGCCGGCCAGCCGGACCCCCUUCAAGCGCACGUCGUCCUUCCGACACCUGGCCUCCCGCGGCCGAGAGUCCUUCAGGCGUUUCUCCACACGCAGCCAGCAGAGGUUUUCCUCCCUGAGAAAGAGGCAGACGGAUUCUGAGCCACCAGAUCUAGACCAGCUGAAACAGUGCUUCUCCCGACGGACGCCCGAGGCCAAGGACACCGACACCCUUGUGCAGGAGGCCGAGAGCCAGUAUGGGACGUGGACGGACCAGCGCCGGAGGAGCGGGGAGAGCCUGGCCCCUGAGUCCCCAUCUCCAGAUGGUAGUGCUGCAUCACCACGCAAACAGCCCCCUAGUAGCCAACUGUCCUCGCCAUCCUCCCAAACGGAGCCGAGCUCAACGGCCGACAGCACUCGGGAGCCACGGAGUGCCAGCGUGGAUCGCUCCAGCACUGAGCUGGACUCGGCUGAUGGCACUGAGGUGCCACCCCCGCUGGACAGUGACACCACAAAGACCGUGGACGAUUUUGCUGGCAUCGAUCAAACCUCAGUCCUCGACUCAAGUGCCCUCAAGACCCGGGUGCAGCUGAGCAAGAGAAGCCGCCGCCAGCGGACGCCCAUCUCCCACGCACACCGCCGCAGCCGCCUGAGCGAGGCAGACACCAUGACCCCCUGGGAAGAGGAGGUGGACAGUGCCUGGAUGUUCCGGGACUCCACGGAAGAGAAGUCACCCCGGAGGGAAGAGUCUGAUGAUGAGGAGAAGCCCGAGGAGAAGGAGAAGUCGUCCCAGGCUGACAGGACGCCUGGAGGCCACACACAGAGGAUGCGGCCCUUCCCCGCGGUGGACCCUGCAGUUCUGAAGGCGCAGCUGCACAAGAGGCCAGAGGCAGACAGCUCUGGAGACUCCCCCAGCUGGACUCCCCAGCCCAAGACCCCCAAGUCGCCCUUCCAGCCUGGGGUCCUGGGCAGUCGCGUGCUGCCAUCCAGCGUGGAAAAGGACGAGAGGUCUGAGGUGGCCUCUCCUCAAUGGCUGAAGGACCUGAAGACCAAGAAGAGACAGAGCCUGUAUGAGAAUCAAGCCUGAGCAGGGAGCACGGAGCGUCCAGUCAACAGAAGCCUUAACAGUCAGACGGAAGAUGCUCUGCACUGCGACCACCUGCUUUGGGUCCUCCCAGGCGAUGGGGAUGCUGGCUGCAGGGGUCAAGGCAGGGGGUCACCCACACAAGCACCUCCAAGUCACCCCCCAG